CAAAGGCUCUGUGAGCAAGCGCUUUGGAUUUUUGUUAUUAAAAACAACUGCAGAAAAAGCAUUUUCUCUCUUCUAAAUUCACCAACCCUUUAUGUCUCUUUUCUUCAAUCUCUCACCAUUUAUACAUUUAACUCAAACAGUUCUCACCACAUUUAAUCCAUCCCUACUGUUCUAGCUGCCUAGCUAGCUCCUUUUUUCAGCUCAAAAACCCUAAUUCUCCAAAUUCAGUAUGCGACUCAAACUGUAAAUGGAGGUGGAUCAGAUCCCGUGUAAAUUCCCCAAAAUUAGCAAUGGCGGCUAUGCUUCAGCGAUAGUAAGCCAGAGAGAGAACAACGAAAUGAACGAUGAGCAAGGGGAGAAUCAGCGGAGCGGAGCGGCCGAUCCAGGAGGCGGAAUUGGCGGAUUACACGGCUGGCCGUCGUCGCGGAUAGUUAGGGUUUCUCGAGCCACCGGCGGGAAGGACCGCCACAGCAAGGUCCUCACAUCGCGAGGGCUGAGAGACCGCCGCGUUCGAUUAUCGGUUAACACCGCGAUCGAAUUUUACGAUUUGCAGGACCGAUUAGGCUACGAUCAACCGAGCAAGGCCGUGGAGUGGCUGCUUGCGGCAGCGGCUAGCUCGAUUGCAGAGCUGCCGCCGAUCAAUUCCCCCUUUCAUCUGCCGGAUUCCGCGAUGGCGGCGGCGGGAAAAUCCUCUAUCGGUGGUAGCAGCAGCUCCGAGACCAGCAAGGGCUCGAUUGCCAGAUCUGAGAAGGCGGUUAAGGAAAAUGAGAAAGAGAAAGAGAAAUCUUCUUAUGUUGCUUCCUUCACCGAGCUAUUGAGCGGAGGCAAGGAUGCAUCCGAUGAGAAUUCCAACUUCUUUCCGAUGGAUUACUUCACCAGCGGUUUCUCAGCGGUGGCGGAGCUACAGCCUCAUUUCUCAUUCCCCUCCGAUCAAUCGAGUAGUAGGGGGACCCUUCAGUCCAAUUCUUCGCAAUUUCCUGCGAAAUUGUACGGCGGCGUAAACCAGCGCUAUUUUUAUCCCGGAUUGGAGUCGCGAUUGCAGCUCUACUACGGCGAUGGGGAUCAGGGAAAUGAUGGUGGGCAGAAAAGCAAAGACAAACCCUGAUUUCAGUCACUCUCAAAAACAGCUGAUGUAGAGACAGUCAGACAGGAGAGGUAAGAGAAGCAGCCUAAUUUCGUAAGCAGAAAAGACUGGUACUCUGUACUAUAAUUGAGGCUCUAACUAUUUAUUUACAGAAAUUCUUGUUAUUUUAUAUAUAUAUUUUACGGGAAUUAUAUGCACACAAAACCCUAUAUAUAUAGUACUCCUAUCAAUAUUAUGAAUUUAUGAAAACAAUAAUAUGUUUCAUAUCAA